AUGGACACGCACGGCAAGGGAGAGGAGACCACACAGGAGGGAGAGUGGACGGCCAGCCUCAGGCACUUCAAUGUCCCCGGCCGCGGGGAGGGGGCUCCAGGGGCCAAGAGAGGACGCUCCCCGGACACAGGGCUACCCCCGAGCCGGGAGCAGAUACCCACCCGCCCGCCUGCCAGUCACUCGUGGGCAGCUGUGGCCCCACCUGCGGACCUGCUGCGGCCCCACCUGCGGACCUGCUGCUCACCUGGGCAGGCGCCUCUUCCCAGCCUGUCUGCAGAGCCGGCCUCAGAGCGGUCUGUGCAGGCUGCGCCCUCAGCCCUGGCCGCAGCCAUGGCUGUGCAGGUGCCCCUGUGGCACCACUACCUGCAGGCCAUCCGCUCGCGGGGGGCGCCCCGGGCCCAGGACGUCCAGCGCGCCGAGGACGUGCUGCUCUCGGUGCUGGAACAGGUUCAUGCCCUGGACCCCCGCCUCCUCGUGGACUACUCCCAGGGCCUGGAGGCCUUCCAGUUUGCCCUGCGCCUCAUGGAGGUGCCCCAGUGGGUGGACGCAGAGGCCCUCGUGAUUGAGGAGGUGAGGGCGCCGAGGCAGGGCCGGCCUGGAUGCUGCCACCCGGGCGUCCCCGGGAAAGGGCCCGGCCUGGAGCGGUGGAUGACAGACGAUGUCUUCAACGCCCCGGAGGGCGGCGCCCAGUGCUGUGGCCACAUCGUGCCCAGCAAGGUCCUGCAGGUCCCCAAGGACCUUCUGGUGGCGGCCGUCGUGAACUGCAAGCGCCACGGCCUCUUCACGCCAGGCUCUCUGAAUGCGGACAGCCUGCGGGAAGAGCAGCUCGGCCCGUCCCUGCUGGUGUCCAGCGGCUGGAGAACGAUCCGCUUCAACGUGGUGCCCAUGGUGCAGAGGAAGCUCAGGGUGCCCGCUCUGGAGGGGGCCCGGCUGGUGCCCGACUUCCCCGAGGGCGGCCUGGAAAGGAUCAUCCGCCAAGAGGUGGCCCUGGUUCCGGCCAGCCGAGCACUGGAGGCAGGACGUGCCUCCUGGGUGGUCUCCACUGACUACCUGCCCACCAGGCUGCUGGCUGUGCUGGGCUCCCUCCAGGACCAUCACCUGGACGGCCUCUCCGUCCUGGACCGGGUCAACCACGAGAGCUGGCGAGAAGGCGGCAAGGGCCCGGGCCUGACCCUCGGCCACCUGAAGAUGGUGAUGCUACGGGGCAUGCUCUUCCUGGUGCCCGAGGGCUGGGCGGAGCUGCAGGGCGCCGUGUACCGCUAGCUCGUGGUGCUGCCCUGCUGUCUGGCCACCAGGAACCUGCCCCACUUCCUCUACCCCGAGCGGAACCUGCUGCAGGACUCCGGCCUGGACCUCAGUGCCCUCUCCCAGCGCGUGGAGCGCUUCGCCGGCCAGCCUGAGGCCUCCCUGCACAUCCGUGUCACCCACCUGGGCCAGCCCCCGCCACGAAUCGGCAGCGGGGUCAAGGCCCUCCUGCAGCUGCCCGCCAGUGACCCCGCCUACAGGGUCACUGCCUACUUCGAUGUCCUGCUGGACAAGUUCUAGGUCUUCAACAUCCAGGAUGAGGACCAGAUCUCGGCCAUGCAGAGCAUCCUCCUGAAGACCGAGAUCCAGGGUGCAGGUGCAGGUGCUGGUGGGACCCUGGGAGAGUGGGCAGCAUGUGGCAUCUCCGGAAACCCUAACGUGGUCGUGGAGGUGGUGGAGCGGGACCACGUCAUCUGCAGCCUCACUGCUGAGCACAGUGUCUGCCAUGAUGCGCGGCCCUGGCAGAGAACGAGGCCCUGCCUGCGAGACCCCAGCGGACCUGGCUGUAAGCACCAUGGGGCAGCGGGCCUCAGGUCUGCUCAGAGCCCCACCCCAGUGCCCAAAGCUGUGCCCAGCCCCCAGCUGGGUGAGCGACGGGGUGGAGCCAGGCCAGCCCCAGCCCUCCACAAAGACACAGGGCUGCAUGGGGUUCGAAAUCUGGGCCCAGAGUGUGCAGUGUCAGGGCCCCCGGCCCAGCUGACUUGCUCACACACCCCGUCCUCCAGCCCUGGGGAGGCCCAGGCGAGGAUCCGCUCCCUGAGCUCCCCGCAACAAAGGCCAGUGACCUAUGGGGACGGCAGCUCAUAG